AUGGCAAUUCUCUCUCCAAAGGGAUUCUUACGCUUUGCGAGCGCUAUUGUGGGUAUUAUGCUCUUUGUCGUGGCGUGUUUGGGCUUUAAUACGCUCAAUUUGUCCGCUUAUUCUGUGGAUAGUCAAGCUCAAUUGGGAUGUCUCUGUUUCUUGGGUGUCUGUUUUGGUAUGUUACUCACGUUUGCAGAGCUUAAAUGGGAGCUUUUCUUUUUCUUUUUUGGUUUUAUGCGAUAUCGACUCGGUCGGGCUUGUAUCUUUGCUGUGAGCGGUAUCAUGACGGCAAUAUUAGGCAAAAGUCGAGACCAACAGUGUGACUGCAACGAUAGUACUAUUCUUAUUGUUGAAGGCGUAGCACUCAUGGUUCUGGCAAUAUUACAAACAAUUGCUAUUUUUAUUUUUGGUAAUAAUAGCGCACCACUUUCGACUAAAGAGGCCAUGUGCUUACCUCCCGUGGCUGUCAUGGCGCCUUCAAUAAGCAAAGAAGCAGCACCAUUUUGCGCUAUUGUACAGCCAAUUUCACAAGUGUCAAGCCCUGAUUCAGCUCCAGAGGCUCAUCGAACAUCGACCUUAAUGAGCCAUCUUCCUGAAGAAUUUCACGCGCUUCUAAGAUAUCUUGACGAUAUUGCUUCGGAAGAUUGCUCUGAGAAUGCGCCUUAUGCUUCUCAAUAUCGCGUGAUUGAGAUUUUCCAGAAAUUGCAAGCCGGGAAUUUCUCUCCUGCAGAAAAUGCUGUCGUCAAUGCGAAACUUGGUGCCUUGUACUUACUAGUCGAAGAGCCUCAUCAUGCUCAGAAGGCACUAGAAGAUGCUGGGAAUUUUUUCUUUCCAGAUUUAGUGAAAUAUGCGACCGAAAUUACAUCGGAUGAUGGUUCUCAAGACGUUUUAGCGGCAAAAAUGGUCCCAAACGUGCUGAAAGAGAUGCCAAAGGUGUACGUGAGUAACGAACACUAUGAGUUUCUCGUAAUGAUCGCGGAGCUUUCAAAUCAAUUGGGAGUUCUUUGGUCUAGUAGAUCAAGACCUUUAAAAGCACUAUGUUAUCUCUCUGCUGGACAUCAGUUGUGCAAUGAGUACGCAAAGACUCAAAAGAAUAAUUCACUAGUAGCAGCACAAACGUAUGCGCACUUUUACUUAGCACAAGUUUAUGGAAAUUUAGAAAUGGCGGAUCAGUCGGCGACGUUCUGUUUGUCGACGUUAGAGUUGCAAUUGCUACAAUUUGUGAAUGAUAAAAGUACGGUCGAAUGGACUGGAGCGUCGGAUUGGGUUCGUAAUGCACUUAAGUUAGUUGACUUUUACUUCGAAACGGACAAUACUCGUGAUGCUGCAACGUGUUUAAUGGCAUGCGAGUAUUUACUGCUACGUCAAGGAACAGUGGAUGAAGAAGAAAAGGUGCUGGAAGCAGAGAUUUACUUAAAAUGGAGUCGAGUGCAUGGAACGACACUUCGUCUUGCGGGUCUGCAAAAGAACGGGGUUCGAAUAGACGAAGUGAAAAAUAGUUUGCCUCGACCUAGUACCAUGGAGGCGACACUAAACACCUUAAGUCAAACGCUUGACGCACCACAAGACAUUGUUUAUAUGAAAUAUGUGCCAGCGUCCACUGUUGAUACUUAUGAACAUGCGCGUGACGUUUUUAAAAUGGGACUUCGUGCUUGUACAUGUGCUCAACAAGUGUUUGUCUUGGAUGGCUAUGUGACGCAACACGUGCGUCUUUUACAGCAAGAAAGCUCGUUGUAUCGACACCUAUUACCAUUUGAAGACGAUCGAAGACGUCGUGUUGCAAUGCAGAGACGGCGAUUAGCUUUGCUUUCACCCCUUCUUGGAAACACAUUAAAUGAGCGUGUGUUUACUGAUCUCUUGCAGGAGCUUUACUUCGAAUGUGCUGAGAUUCAAUCCGACAUUUUUGAGCUUAAACAAAGCAAGGAAUCGACUGAAAAGGCUAUGACAUAUGCAAUUAAGGCUGUCCAGUGCUAUCAACAAUUUCUGCUGCUGUAUUAUCCCUCAUCACUUCCAUUAGGUUCUUCGACACAAGAUCCUGUACGAGUAGCCGUACUACGUGGUGGAAACGACGUUGUGCUUCCGCCUGGUGGAAAUUUAUCUCCCAAUGAAGUUCGAACGUUUUUGCUUGGAUACUUUGGUCUGGCUCAUAUUUGUGGAAAAUUUUUAUUUCCAUCCAACAUUGCUAAGACGGUAGGAUAUUGGCGUCAGAGUCUUGCAUACCACAAGGCAGUCACGGAAUUGGUUUCCAAAUAUGAAAAUAAAUAUCAAGGAACUCAAGGAAAAGAACUGCGACGUCUAUUUCAAAAAGAAUUUGAAAUCAGUAGUGAAAUGGCCGAGUUGCUACCAGAAAAGAUUGAUCAGCUUGUUUACAAUGGUAAAGCUUUAUAA